GGCUAUAAUUUCUGAUUUUAUCAGGUGACUCGUACUAGGAGGCUAGUACCAAUGUUCUCCCUUAUAGCAUCAGGCUUGGUUUGUCGCUAGUUUCACUCUCAAGUGUGAGGCGCAGUCACAUUCGUAAUUCAAUGGUUGUCUACAAACUUGCAAGUGACUCGGCAAGAGACAGUGCCUUUCUCCAGUAGUCAUAUCAACAGUACUCAUAUAGCAUUACAGUUUGGUUUGUAAGCAGAGUAUUUCACUGAACCAUGGCUGUUUUAUUCUUACCAUAUAUUUACAUGUGGAAUUGGUACUGUAUCUGACACCUCCCAAGGUAACUUUCAGCAGAAGGCAAGCUUGCAAAUUCUUCACCCAGGAUUCAUCUAUAGUUCCAUUCUGCUYACCACUUUGGUGUUUUAUGGUCAGGUGUGUGUUGUAUUCUUUCCACUUGUUUGUCCAUUGUCUGACAACCCUAAGAAUAWAUUACACUGUAGGUGUCCAGAUCAGAAUGACGGGAUCAAAAWGACUUUGGAUUGAAAAGACCRGUUACCUUCAACAGGAACURCUYACGCAUUCUUCAGUUAGGAUUUAGAUUUGUGUUGAUGUUUGUUUAACUUCRACAAUGGAUAUAGUAUUCUUGCAGCACAAUAAUCUUGCCAUUCCUGAGCCUGGCAUCAUUCACAGUAUUAAAAAGAAUGACGAAACAAGACAUCUUUGGUUAGGAUGUUGCAAUAUGAUAGGAUUCAUUUGCCUSCAAGCUUGAGGUCAAAGAUGGUUUUCAAUUCUCUGGAUCAUAAAUCUACAAAAAUUAUUUCCACAUCUCCAGAUGAAAAUACUUAAGAUACCAACACAUCGUUAAUCUAAGCUGUUAAGCCAUCGCAUAACUCGACUGGUAUCUUAAAAGAAGCAGAUUUUCAAGUUUAUUCUACCCUUACAUGUACAUGGAAAGUGUACCAAUGUACACUAUAAAUUGGAAAAAAGGAUUUAAACUUGGUAACCUAUGGUUACUAGAAGUAACUAGAGUAGUAAUUUUGAUAUAAAACAGCUCUUCUCGUUAUUGCUAAUUACCAAAAAGACUCAGAGAAGAUCCUGGUCAGGAUAUCCAAGCUCAGUCCUCAGAUCUGAGGGAUAAAUUGCCUAAGCUCUCAAGAACUAUUGCAGGAAAUGAUAAAACAGGUUCUUUGGUCCUUAAAACCGAUCGUUCGGCAUCAUUAAGUCUCGUUGACCCRUCAUAUGAUGACAACAAAAUGUCUGUUGAAAUGUUCGACUACUCUCACAAGAGAUCGGAUACAGACCCUGUAGAAGAUGAUGGUGAUGAUCUGCGCACUCUCAUAGAAAGACAACGAAAAAAUGAAACUCUUUCCAAGAAAGAUGAUAAACAUUCCAAAAAAACUGACUCAACUUUUUUGGAUUCCAUGAUUGGUUACAGCAAAGACCAGUCCAAAAGCAAAACUACAGAAGAUUAUCGGGAUAAGAGAAAAGAAAACAAAGAUGGAAAGACCUCCUCUGGAAAAAGUGAUCGAUACACUAAACAUGACGGGAAGAGUAAGAGUAAAAAAGACAAAGACAAAUCAAUGAGUAGUUUUGAACUUGGUUUUCCAUUUUUUUCUGGUGACAGUGGAUCUAAGAAUGCUAAGAACACUGAUAAACCAACAGAAGAAAUGGAUAUCAAUGAAACACUGAAGGAACUUGCCUACCUUCGGAGUAUCCAGACUGGGGAUAACGCACUCCCCAAAGAAGAAGAAGAGUAUUUCAGAAAACUAAAUGAUCUUUCAAAGCCAAUUCUUUCCAGUCAAUUAGAUCAGAAUAUAACCGGAACUGAUGCCGGAAAGCACAGGAAAAAGAGCUUUGAAAAAGCAGAAGGAGGAACAAAGACUUUAGGUGAAAAUAUGAGCAAGAUUGAAUCAAAAUGGGACAGUGUAAUUGAUAGCAUGGUCAGUACUAAACCAGUGGGAAAUACCACCAGCAGUGACGAAAUAACAUAUGGACCGUCUCUACCCCCCAAGAAAUCAACUUCGACUUCUAAAAAGGUUAAAGAUAUUGAUUCCCCUGAAAAGAGGUUUAGUAAAGAGAGAUCUUCAAGUAAGAGUAAGUCAGAUCAACAACUCUCGCCUAAAAGUGAGAGAGGUGUGCGUGGCGGUAGAGGUUUCAGAGGCAGAGGAGUGCGUGGAAGCUUUAGAGGACGUGGUGGAGGUCGAGGGCGAGGUGGCAAAGAAUUUUUUCCUGGGAUGAGAGGCAGAGGCAGAAGCAGAGGAAGAUUYGUUCGUGGCGGCUUUGUACCAUCUAGAGGAAGACACAUGUUUGCCAAGCAAGGAGGCAGCAGAAGAAGAAGCAGGAGUAGAAGUAGCAGCAGAAGCAGCUCCUCCUCAAGAAGCAGAAGCCGUAGUAGAAGCCGUGGAAGAAGUAGUACUAAACGUAGAAGAAGAAGAAGUAGCAGUAGAAGUAGCUACUCUUCRUCAAGCUAUAGCAGCAGAAGUAGAAGUCGCAGCCGAGACAGGGGUAAGGGGAAAAAGCAAACCAAAAAAAGAAGUAGAAGCAGAAGUUACAGCAGUAGGAGCAGAAGUAGGAGCAGAAGUCGUAACAGAAGCCGAAGCUAUAGUAGAAGUACGACCCACAGCAAAAGUCGCAAAAGAAGUAAGAGCCGUAGUAGAAGCAAAGAGAGCUAUAAGAAACAAAAUAAAGGUCGAGCGAGAAGCAGAAGUAGAAGCAAAAGCAGUAGUACAAGUAGAAGCAGGAAGAGAAAAGAUCGCAGUCGGAGCUGGAGUUUUGAUGAAGAUUAUACUAAAAAGAAGAAUGCAAAAAGCACUCUUAAUACGAGUGGAACCAAAACUACUGACAGUAAAACAAGGAGAGAACAGGAGCCAAAAAUACAGUCCAAACCCAAAAAAGAGAAAACGGAAAUGGUCAAAGCCAAACCUAGUAAAGUAUUUGAACCAAAACUGGUGCAAAGCAACCAAGUAAAAGGAAAAACUCCAGUAAAAAUUCCUGAAAAUGCUCCAGAAAAAGCCUACUAUGAAAGGCCUAAAGUAGAAAAUUCCAAUUCACCUGCUGUCGUCGCACUAAAAGAUCUGAAAGUGACAGCUUUCUCUAACGUCUUUCUGCCACGGACGGUUUCUAAAACAGUGGGUGGUGGUGGUGGCAUAUCAAAAGGUAUAUCUAUAGGYAAGGGGCGUUCGUUACCCCUUAAGAAACACCCAGUGUUUGAUAACACAGAAGAAGAUUUACAGGWAGAACCAGAAAAGCUUGAUCCCAAGGAACUGGAGAGAAUGAAAGAGGAGAAGCAUAGGUUUGAUAAAGAAGUUGAUAAAGUUUUUAAUGCAAAGGCAGAUUCAAAGGAUGUGGAUAAAAAGAAAGGUGGGUGGAAACGUGUUGGGCCACCUGAAGAAAGUCUUAAGGAAGAGACACAGGAACAGAAGAAAGCAGAAUUGGGAGAAACCAAAUAUGAAGAGAUUGAGGAAAAGAAAGCAGUUGAGGAUCAAAGAAUCGURGAAUCUAAAGAGACCGUGGAGGAAAAGAAAACCGACAAGGAACAAAAGAAGGARAAAAAGGGAAAGAGAAGGAAAGAUAAAGAAGAGAGAAAUAAGAGAAAGAAGGAGAAGAAAGAGAAGAAGGAAAAGAAGAAUAAAGAAUCAACUAACCAAGAGAGUUUGGGAAAUGAAAAUAAGGAGAAAGCAUUGGGUGAYGACGGCCAGCCUGUUUUAGACUCCAGUACACCACAGCAGUAUAACCAAGAAGGGUAUUCAGGAUAUGAUGAAGCAACCCAAGAAUACCCUGAAGGAGAGUAUCAGUACUAUGAAGAAACAGCACAAGAACAAGGCUGGUACGAUGAGAAUGGAGUCUACCACCCUUAUGAAGAARAAGAGUACCUGUACUAUUACGAUCAAGAAGGAAAUAUCGUAGGGUAUGAAGGACCUGAAGGAUAUGUUGAGGGAAACCCCUUUGAGGAACAACAAUAUUACUAUGAAGGAGAAACACAAGAAGGAGUACAUCCAGAAGUGUAUGAGCAGGAAGCAUAUGGAACAGAAUAUACAGGUGAUGCAGAAGGAAGCUACCAGUAUGGAGCCCCUGAUUUCCCAGUAGAAGGUCAAGCCGUUCAACCAGAACAGUACACAGGUGCAGACAGUCAAUGGGAACAAUAUGCUACUGAUGCACCAGAACAGCAAUGGUACAAUGCUGAGGGUGCCUACCCUGUUGAAGAACAGGGAUAUGCAGAGUACCAAUAUGCUAAAGGUCAAGAGGGAGCUAAUCAAUACGCAGGUGCUCUAGAGCAACAGGUUCCCAUACAACAAGAUGCUAACUACAUGGUUCAACAGGGUGGGAUACCAGAGACCUAUGCUGCUCCGGUUCAAGCUGUAGAGGAACCCAAAACCGAAGGAGACCUCUGUGAAAAUGAAAUUGUUCUAGCUCUCGGGAAGAACCUUGCUGCCCUGGCAAGACUCAAGGGAUGGAAUCAGCAGGAACUCUUGGAAAAGGAUCCUAUAAAUCUUGUGCAGAUGCUGCAAAAACCUUCAGUGGAAAAAUCAGGUGUUGAAGCCCAUAGAGAGACACAGCCUCAAGAGGCAAGAGAACAAUUUGAGUUAGAAAGACAACUAGAGAUUGAAACAAACAGACAAGUUAUACCAGAAAGAAAACCAGAUAAAGUACCAAGACAACACCCUCAAGAAAGGAAUCUAGAUGAAGUAAGAAUGCCCUAUCCCCGAGAAGGGAAACCCGGCAUUAAUAACAGUAGGGCUAAGCCUGCUGAACAGAAGCCAUUAAAAUCUAUAUUGAAAAAAAGGAAUAGCAGCUCCUUAAAACCCCCAUCUAAAACAGAAACAUCUGCCGCAAGUCCCUUCAAAAGUGAUCCUAGUGCAGCUACAAGUGACCAUGUUGGUCCAGAAUAUAUUGUACGUAUUUCAAAAUCUGGACCUGAACGUUUCUUCUGUAAGCUUUGCCAGUGCCAUAUUGAAUCACCAAUGGCUAAGGAACUUCAUGUAAAGAGUAUGAAGCAUAUAGAGCUGUUUGUGCGUGAAAAGUCGUCUCUGCUUAAUUCUGUUAUUGGAACCAAACAAUCAGAAGACACCGCUAUGCCUAAUGAGAUUCCUGAAAGUGGUGAUGAAUCUGGCUUCUCCCAGCAAGACAAGCUGGCAGAAAAAGGAGAGCCAAGCCCUGAUAAAAAAGAUUAUCCUGAAAGGCGGGACACCCCUGAAGAAGAUCCUGUAAGAAACAGAUUAUUGGAUUAUGAUAGGUUAAGACUGAUGGACUGGCAUAGACGAGAAGGGAGCGUCAGUUCAGUUGAAAGUGACAAGAUAAAGCAGUUCGAUCAUGGAAGGAUAGAGGAACAGGAUUUUGAGAGUAGAACUCCAGGGGUGCAAAUGAGUGUUGAACAAGAAGGGUAUGAGGAUAAAAUUGAACAUUCAAGACGGCCUCGAGAAAGACGAGAAGCAGACUUGAGGAAAGACGAACAAGGUUAUGGAAGAGAACGUCAACACUAUGCUCCUGAAAUUAGAGAGAGAGACUAUGAAACGAGGGACUAUCAUAGAGAAAGACGAUCAUUGUCACAUGACUCAGACCACCGAGACGAUAGAGGAAGUGUUGGAUCAAGAAGUAGUGAUAGGUCUGAAAAGGAUUCUAGGCUAGAGCAUAAAGUCCCACCCAUGGCACACAGAAACAGAAUGCAACAAGAUGUCAGGCCUUCUGUUCRUGAUAGACCAGGAAUAAAUCAAGGUGAAGGUUCAAACAAUCAAAGAGAAAGAGUACGAGGUGGGACACAGAGAGAACAGCCAUCAAGGCCAGAACAAGUGUCAGGAAGAGAUAGAAGUGAUAGGUCAAGACUCAACCAGAAUGAGAGAGAAAGGUCUCGUAGGGAUGCUAGCGGACAAGGAAGAGGCAGGACAAGUUUUCCUCCUCAGGAGAACAGAGGACAAGCACCACAAGACAGAUGGCAUGGACAAGCCAGUCGACAAGAUACUACUAUAACUAAACAGGAUUCUGAUCAAAAGGUCCAGGAAGUAAGCUCACAUCCUACAGGUAGUUCAAGAAUGCCAUCUUCAGAUAGAAAAGAAAUGCCAAGAACAGAGAGUACAGGCCUGGGAAGAGAAAGAAGAGCUGAACAGAGUGUGAAACCUAGUGAGAGAGUGAGUGAAUCAAGCCCAGUAGUGGAAAGAAACAAGGCUCAACAGAGUCAAAAUACAAGUAAAGACAAUGAUAGUAACAGAAAAACUGCCACAGGUCUUGAGGUUGAUAGGGAUCCAGGAAGGGUAGGGGUUAAACCAUUACCAAGGAUUCAAAACCAAAAACUAGCACAAGAAAGGAGAGCUCAAGAAUCCCAACAGCAGGUGCCAGGCUCUACUGCUAAGCCAACUUCUGCGUCAUUACUAGGAGAUGCACCUAGGUCACAGACAGAGGAACAACAACCUCAAGAAGAAGUUAAAAGUAUUUCUACGGUCAUCCCAGGGCAAAGACGUGUCCCACCACCUCCUCCACCCUACAACAAAGGAAGUGGACCCCAGUCAUUUAGAGGACGAGGACGAGGACAUCCCCCUCCGCCUCGAGGGAGAGGUGGCCAUCAUUCACAUAUGCCACCAAAUCAACCAGGAAUAAUGGGUAGUGAUGCUCCCCCACACUCUUUCUCGAUGCCACCCCAAGUGACAUCACACGAAGUAGGGGCACCCUCAAGUGGUGUGCCUCCCGGAAAGCUCUUUCCUGGUGACCAAAGCAUGGGAAAUCAUCCCACUCCGCCCUUCUACGGUAGAGGUAGAGCAGCUGGCCAGCAACGUGGCAGAGGUGGUAGUCCCCACAUGUCAAGAGGAGGGUAUGGUGGCCGUCCACAGUUUGCAACCAGAGGAAGGGGUGGUAGAGGCUUCCAUGGUCAACGAUGGUAAUCAAGAGCCACAUACUUCUUGCAAACAUGUCAAUCAUUUCCUCCAAAGACAGUGAAUUGACAACUUUUAAAACUAGACACCAGUGUAUGGGGGCGUAGCAUCAAAUCCAGGAGUUGCUUGUUUUGUUAUUCUAAUUUCUACUUUUGUUUACCAACUUUAGAAGUGAGGCUAAGCCCACGUACACUGGAGUUUUAGGAGUCGUUAGUAAAGAAUUUUUUUAUUUGCAUCAACAUUUUGAUAAAUUCUGUUAAUAAAAGAAAGCUUGAGAAAUGAACAGUAAGUUGGUAGUUUUGAAAUCAAAAGAUUUAGUUUUACAGAAGAUUUAUGAAGAAUUUCUAAACUCUAUCCUCUUACUUGUCAUGGUAGUCAAGAGAAUCUCUGGUUUGAGCUAUGCGACCUAUUGUAGAACCGUACGGAUAAUAAAUCUCAAUUGUUUGCUGUUCUAAGCUCCAACAACAGCAAAACCAUGUUUAGAAAUUUAGUUAAAGAAUAUUUUGUCUUUUUUUAUGUUGGUAAAAAUUUAGGAGUUGAUGCAUGUUAAACCCACUCAAUACCCUUGGUAUAUUCAAUACGGAAAGUACUAACAAACUAUUUUAAGUGCUUAGUGCGUGUCCUUCAGAGCUAGAGGUCCACGAUUCAAUCCUCAGGAUUGGAUCUCCACGUCAGUUUUGGGAGUUCUGCAUAGCUUUAAAUGCACGUAAUACGGACCACUCAUAGUCCCAGCGCUGAUACUCCCAGCACUGAUAGUCCUAGCACUGAUAGUCUCAGCACACCUUCAAGCACUCUAUACGUGAGCCCCUAACUCAGGAGAAUUUGGCAACUGCUCCUUGUGUUAUCAAAGUAAAGUAAAUUACCUUUCUCUUUUCUGAAAAUGUGUCCUCAACUUUGGAAGAAAUAUGGGUUUUUAAAGACCGUACUAAACACCACGGUUGUACAUUUGUAGAUGGCCAAAUAAAGUAUAUUUUCUUUCUUAA